AUGGAGCCGCUCCUCAAGAAUUGGCUCCUCCCCGGCAUCCAAGGCGGCGACGAGGAACUCGGCGAGCUACGGCGGGCGUACCUCCCCGAGACGGUUCUGGCGUACGUCAGCGCCCUGCAGUUCGCGGGCACGGGCCUGUCGCGCGACUGGCUCCUGGAGUGCAUGAAUCUGGCGUCGCUGGUGACGGAGCGCGGAUCGGACCUAGAGGGCGCCUUUGUCGAGUCAAGAAGGGUCAAGGAGCUGCUGGGGGCCUUUGCCGCCAGCAGCAAGGCUCUGGCCAUAACCACGAGCGAGAAGAGGGCGGCGGGGACGGUGAACAAGAAGCUCCGGGAGAUGGGGUGGUCGAGAGAUUUAUGGUCUGUAAAGUCGUAG